AGUCACCAUGAGGGCACGAGUCCUGCUCUGCUGCCUGACGGCCUCGCUCCUGCUCUCAGGACAGGCAGAACUGCAAGUCUCUGCUUCGGGUGGCACAGAAGAUGUUGGCAAUUUGUUGGAGAAUCAUUUCUCUGCUGGAGACGCUCUAGAGGAGAAAGAAAGGGUGCUCUAUGCAGAUGCAGCCCCUCAAGAUGAGAAUCUGCUCCUUCACUACUCAGAUGGCAGGGGGGCUGACAGCCAGGAGAAGACCACUGCUGGGUCCCCUCCCACUGACCCUGAAGCCAGCCUUUCCAACGUCUCAGCUGCAGAGUCAGGUCCAACUGGAGACAGGGAUGCUGAGGGGCCUGGGGAGGAAGAGGAAGCAGCAAGCACCCUUCCUCCAGGAGGGGAUGAGGGGCCCAUGGAAGAAGAGGGACCUGAGAUCAGCUCUGGAGAGGACCCAGGAGAGGAGGCAAUGGGGCUUCCUGCAGAGGGAGCUGCCCUCGGUGACGCAGAAGGAUGGGCUGGGAGUGGUGAGGUCCCCAAGGAAGCCGAGGAGGUCCCAGGGGACAGCCAGCCUGAGGCAGAGGGGGCCUCUCCUGGCUUAGCAGGUGAAGAGUUCCACAGCCUGGACAUGGAAGGUGUGGGCAGCCCAGGGGCUGGUCAGGAUCCAGCAGUGCUUAAAGGAGACCCCACUGUUGUGGCUGUGGGAGAAGAGCUGUUGGACAUUGACACAGGAGCCAGGAGAGGCACUGAGGCCCAGGGCAAGCCUGGCACAGAGGCGAGGAUCAGCUCAGGGUCUGAGGGCACCAAGACCCCCGAGGCAGGAGGCAUGGAGGAGGACAUGGAUGAGGCCUCCUCUGAAGAAGAGGCUGGUGACAACAGUGGAGUCCUAUCUGCAGAAGAGUCAGAAGACAGUGGUGAUGGGGCAAGUUCAGAAGAAGCAGAGGAUGCCUCUGAAGAGGAGGAGGAGAAGGAGAAGGAGGAGCAGAAGGAGGAGGUGGCAGGGGAGCCUGAGGAAGCGGCAGGAACCACCAGUCAUGGGGACAAAGGGGCUCAAUUCAGCCCCAAGGAAUUGAGUCCAAGGCCCGAGGGCAACGAGGUCCUAGAAGCUAUGGCAGAGGACCUUAAGGAGGGACUUCUGGGGAGGGGGUUUCUCACGACUGCUCCCCAGGAAGAGACGGAGGAUGUGAAUGAGGAAGCCCUGAUGAGGGACCGCUCCCACAUUGAGAAAACCCUGAUGUUGAAUGAGGACAAGCCAGCUGAUGAUUACUCUGCGGUGCUGCAGCGACUUCGAAAGAUCUACCACUCAUCCAUCAAGCCCCUAGAGCAGUCUUACAAAUACAACGAGCUUCGGCAGCACGAGAUCACAGAUGGAGAGAUCACAUCGAAGCCCAUGGUGCUGUUCCUGGGACCGUGGAGUGUUGGUAAAUCUACCAUGAUAAACUACCUCCUCGGGUUGGAAGACACUCACUACCAGCUCUAUACUGGUGCUGAGCCUACCACCUCUGAGUUCACAGUCCUCAUGCACGGGCCCAAGCUGAAAACCAUCGAGGGGAUUGUCAUGGCUGCUGACAGUGCCCGCUCCUUCUCACCCCUUGAGAAGUUUGGCCAGAAUUUCCUGGAGAAGCUGAUUGGCAUCGAGGUUCCCCACAAACUUCUGGAGCGCGUCACUUUUGUGGAUACACCAGGCAUCAUUGAGAACCGCAAGCAGCAAGAAAGAGGCUACCCCUUCAAUGAUGUGUGCCAGUGGUUCAUUGACAGAGCUGAUCUCAUCUUCGUUGUCUUUGACCCAACCAAGCUGGAUGUGGGCCUGGAGCUAGAAACGCUCUUCCGUCAGCUGAAGGGACGUGAGUCCCAGAUAAGAAUCAUCCUGAACAAGGCGGACAGCUUGGCCAUGCAAAUGCUCAUGAGGGUUUAUGGGGCCCUCUUUUGGAGCUUGGCCCCUCUUAUCAAUGUCACAGAGCCCCCAAGGGUUUAUGUCAGCUCCUUCUGGCCACAAGAUUAUAAGCCAGACACCCACCGGGAUCUAUUCCUCAAAGAAGAGAUCUCCCUCCUCGAAGACCUGAAUCAAGUGAUUGAGAACAGGAUGGAGAACAAGAUCGCCUUCAUCCGCCAGCAUGCCAUCCGGGUCCGCAUUCAUGCCCUCUUGGUUGAUCGAUAUCUGCAGACGUACAAGGACAAAAUGACCUUCUUUAGUGAUGGAGAACUGGUCUUUAAGGACAUUGUGGAAGAUCCUGAUAAAUUCUACAUCUUCAAGACCAUCCUGGCAAAGACCAAUGUCAGCAAAUUUGACCUUCCCAACAGGGAGGCCUACAAGGACUUCUUUGGUGUUAACCCCAUUUCUGGUUUCAAACUCCUCUCUCAGCAGUGCUCCUACUUGGGAGGUUGCUUUCUGGAGAAGAUCGAGAGGGCCAUCACCCAGGAGCUUCCUGGCCUCCUGGGUAGCCUUGGGCUGGGGAAGAAUCCAGGUGCUCUCAACUGUGACAAAACAGGGUGUGGCGAGACUCCGAGGAAUCGCUACAAGAAGCACUAGGUUGUUGUGUAGCCCGUCUCAGGUUCCCACUGGUGAAUGAGCUUGUGUCCUGUCUGAGAAGUCCUGGUGUGUUAACCCUUUGAGCCACACUGACAAGAAUUAUCACACAUUGGAGAUUUGGGAAUUCAUUGAGGCCAGUGGUGGGGGAAGGCGUGUGUGUCUAGGGAGGAGAGUGAAACUGUGAAUUAUAGCAUGUGCUUGUCUUAUUGCUUCAGUGAAGAGGCUUGACUGAGGCAAGUGAGGCUUCACUUGCUUUUCCUGGGUCUUGUCCUGAGGGACAGAGAGCAGCUAAAUCCUAGUGUGUACUAGAUCAACGAGGGUCAAAUAAGCUAAAUGCAGCUGAAAUUCCUUUUUUCCUAUAAGCUGGGAAAAUAGUGAAGACCUGAGUUUUAGAGGGCCUCUCAAAUCCUUUUGGGCUUCCUUUCAUAGACACAGUCUUCUGUUUGUCCCCAACCCUCCUAAGCUUGGGUUGACUUUCAACAAUGGACAAUUCUGGGGUCUGAAUCUGCCUGGUUUCGAGCCUAUCCUCAGGACAUCUUCCCUCCUUCCUCAGAGGGCAGGACAGUAGUUCAGGAUGUCAGACAACAGAGCGAGAACAAAUUUUCCCAGAUUACAUUAAGGAUCUGCCUCCCCCAGUGCCAUUUCUCUGAUGUUAUCCUCUAAACUAGAUGGGGAACUUGGUCCUUUAAUGGGCCCCAAGAGGAAGGUGAGUGGUUAGUGUAUACAGGUAACUCACCUCUUGGUUGUGUCUUAAGUGAAGGUCCUGGAAGGGCUCGGAGGGUUAAUUGGUUUGCAGUGUGUCUUUGUCUAUUGCAUGUCUUAGAAAACUCAGAUCCCACAGGUGUUGGGUUUCAGAGAGGAUGGUGGAGACCUUGCUCCUUUUUGUUAGAGACUUCCCAGGCAGCCAUCCUCUCCCAAAUUUAAGGUGGGGCUGUUUCCACGACUUCUCUUCUUGGCAGAGGAGUUGUUCCUUCCUGGUUUCCAUUGCCACAACUUUUCCUUUCCUUUAUUCUCUAUUCCCUAAUGCAUUAACACUUAAAACUCAGAUAAAUUUCCUACCAGUCAGAACCAGCACCAGCCACUUGGGUCAGUGGUAACUUAGGCUCAACAUGCAGCUUCCCUGAUGAACUGGAUGCAGAUACCCAGGAAUGCACCAUGGGAAAGCUAGGGCCUUCGAAUACCGAUGAUUGUGAAUAUGUGUGUAUGUUGGAGGGUGAUUAGGGAGAGAACAUGUUCUCCAGGUCAUAGAGAAAGAACUUGUGAGAGUCCGGCAGGACUAGGAGCUAGCAGCACUGCCACCUCAGCAGGUGACGGAGGACUGGAGCCUGGGGAAGGAACAGCCUUUUGUCAAACGUGCAUGGUGAACAGUGCUUGUGUGUCCAGGAGAGCAGCCCAGGGCUCCUCACAGGGUCCUUUCCUCAUAGCUAGCCACUUCUCUUGGGAACAAGUUGUCUUGGGGGCCCCAACCACGCAUGAGCCAGGAUCCACCAGCACCAGGAAAUCAUCCCCAACUAGAAGGAAAGUGGAAACAGAGAUAGGGCGAGAGGCCCUCUGAGGAGGAGGCAGUGUCAGCAAAUUGGCAGUCAGGUGAGGUCCACAUGGCGAACUGCAGUUUAGGAAUUCCUGUUCCUCAGAAUUAUUAGCACUCGGGUAUGUGCUGCCAGAGAGGCUGCUGCUUUUGGCUUUGUGGAGGGCCUGGAAUCUCCCAUAAGAAAAACUGAGGCUACAAAGUAUCUGGGAUGUUAUUCCUAAGCAGCAAGUCAGCCAGAAAAGAAAAGUUAGUUUCUUAAGGGGCAUCUAAGUAGCCUGGUGAUACAGGGCUGAUGAGCUAGAAUGUGUCCUGGACUUUACUUCUCAUAAAAAAAAAAACAAAACUAAAACCCAAAAGCCCUUGCCUCAUCUCCAUAUCUUUGCCCUGUUGGGAGUGUUGUGUCCACCUACUUUUCUCCGGCCUGCUGCUUUAUGCCCUUGACCUGCUUUGGCAGAAUCUGUUUUUCUCAGCACAGUGAGGGAAAUAAAAAAUGCAGACUUGUGUGGGCAUUGCCAAUGCUGCUGAUAUCACCACAGCUUGGGGGGAAGUGGAUGGAAUGAGGCUAAUACAUUCAUACAAUAUUUAUAUUUUCAGGGGGGCCAUGUUAUCAGUGUGCUCCCCACACCUGGGAUUUUCUUCCCUCCAUCUAUUUUCCUCGUGAUGUUCCUCCUCUCAACUCUGUUCUUCUUCUUGACCUUGGAUUUAAUUUUUUUCUCUGCUACCUAUGGGCCUGCUGAUCGGUCAAUACAGACAUUAAGUGCCUGGUUUCUGUCCAGCUCUGUGGAGGUGGGUUUCACCCAGAAUAUGGACUUUUAGUGGGGAAGAGGUUGGGAGCUAGGGAAAAUAGGAUCCAGAGAUUCCCCCAGGAGGAGUAUCUGUAAAUAUUUGUGCUUGAACAGUUGUUGAACCUUUCCAGUGUUCUUUCAAUUCUGAUUUCAUCAGGGAGAAAGUCUCAAUAAAGUUCCAAUCUCUCUUUAA